AUGGUGAUCGAUGCGGCGGAAACGGAGAAAGGGACGAGAUCCGGUUCUGAUGCAGGUUCCGACUUGGCCGAAGGCUGGCGUCGGGAUGGACCCCUCCGUUCCCGGGACCUCGAGCCGGAGCUCGAGGCAGGGGCUCGCGCCAAACCCGCUAGUUUGGGGAGUGCGGGUGUCGAUACCGACGGCGUUGAGAAUGGGGGCGCAGAUAACACGGGGAUCAGAGCCACAGAAGGCGCAGAAACUGCAACCACAAGUGACAUCGUUGUACGCAGUAAAAACAAGGCGCAGGUUGACACUAUUUUAGAACAGCUAUUACUACUUUUGGAUUCCAAUCUCGGCACAGUAUAUCGACGGGCAUCACGUAAGCUGUACGGCAACGCCAGACCUUGGCAGCACAACAAACGGGACGAAAUGGUGACGCCGGGAAUGGUAUACGUGGUGUAUCAGGACGAGAAUGGCCAAGCCGCGUUUUUCUUGUCGUUCAUGCUGACGGACGAACCGGAGCUGGAGCCUGUUUCGGAGCCUGUGUUGGAAUCCGCAUUGACGCCCAGCCUCGAGCCAGAACUCGAGGAUAAGCUCGCGCGCCGCCCCAGAAACGCAUGUCGUCUGACGGAUUGCGGCUCUGGUGCGCCCGACGCCCAGCGAAUUUCCGCCUCGGAGCUACCGCGCGACCCCCAGCUUCAGUCGGACGCCCAGCACGCGUUUGAAACCGCCCCCGGCUGCACCGGCGGCGCCGGGCCGAGCCCGGCGCACUGCGGGCCGGAGUUGUCCCCCGCCAAGGUGGUGUACCUGUACGAGAUCCAGCUGCGCGCGUGUCUGCAGGGCCACGGGCUGGGGACGCGGUAUGUGGGCCAAAAGUUAAAACACGUGGCGCGCGACCUUCACUCGGCCGACCCCACCGUGCAGGGUAUCGAGCUGACGGUUUUCUCGGACAACAGGCCGGCGCUCAGACUGUACCGCGGCGUAGGGUUACGGUUGGCCGCUUGGUCUCCGCGAGAUGAGAUAAUGCACACGCGGAGAAACACCCGCAGCACGGCCCAUAAUAAUGGCAAACUGGUCCGGAAACCGGCAUACUACGUGCUCUUCUGGGCCAUUUGA